UUCAAAAAACAACUUUUCGCCGCUGCGGAGUAACGUCAUUCCGCAAACCGCAAAAAGUGAACGAACGAACGGCUUCGCGAGUGGAUGAGCUGUAAAUUUAAAAGGAUUUCCAAAAGGAUUACGGUGUUCUAACCAGAUAACGGGAUUUAAAUCGCAAGGAUGGAAAACUUUGACGAUCUUUCCAACGAUCAACUCCGUUUGAAGAUGCUGGAAUACGGCAUGCCGAACAUGCCCAUAACGGCAACAACCCGGAAGUUGGUGGUCAAGAAGCUGAAGAACUACGUUGAGACCGCCAACAGCAAAACUCGCCGGGACACGAUCCACGUCACAAAGUUUUCAUCCGAUGAGGACACGGAUACUGCUGAGGAACCGAAGAAGGCCCAGAAGAAAGAAACGAGUCGGCGCGCUACGAUUGGUGGUUCGGCAGCCAAACUGUCCAAAACCCUGCCGGUAAUGCCCGAUUUGCCGCCACCGAAAGCAAAAUCGGAGAAAGCGGAACCAGUACAGAAGCGCAGAUCCGGUAGAAUCACUCCGGUUCAAGGCAAGGACGAUGCUCCAACGUUGGCCGCCCCAAAAGAACCAAUGAUUGUAGAAAAUUCCGACGAUGAUGAGGAUGAAGACAUGAUUCCGUUGACCCAACCGGUAAAUCGGCGUGACCGGAAGUCAAAGAGUCCAUCGCUGUCACGUGCGGACAUGGUCACUACUUCGUACAUCCAUCAGGUGGAAGUUGAACCUCGAAAUGCCGCAGUUGUGGAAACCAUGGAGAUAGACCUGACCGAGUCGACGGAUGACGUCGUGGUGGAACCGGAACCGGUCCCGGAACCCAGAACACGGCCACAGCAGGUCACUCCGUCCCGUGAAUCACGAUACAACACAACUUCUAGUUCGGUUACCAGCAAGAGAACCACUAUUGCCGGAGGAUUUUCCACUGGAACCCCAAGUCGCCAGCCCGAGCUCUCUACUUCGUUCGGACGCCCGUCCAUGUCCACCGUUUACUCCUCUCCCAGGGCAACGGAGACACGCCGCGAGGACGUUCAUCUGGAACCAACGGAUUCUCCCUAUUUGAGCGAGUUCACCAAGCGUCUGUCCCGGUUGAAGGCGGAAAAUGCCCAGCUGAACGCGGUCCGGGAUCAUCCGAUCCGGCGUACGAUCGCUUCCAGCUAUGCGGCGACACGGGGAGCCGAUGGCGAUUACGUUUCUUCGCGUUUGGCUCAGCGAAUGGAUGGCAACAGCAGCAGCAGCAACAAGAAGCAAGGCGAAAUCCGAGCCUCGAUCCGGCAGGUCAUUCUCGCGCUGGACCAGAAGUAUUCGAUCAGGAAGAUGUUCUACUUGCUGAUCGUGGCCAUGAUCGUCAUAUUCCUGUUUGUGUUUUUCUUCCUGUAGGCGCGAGUUGUUUGCUGGGGAAGGAGCAGCUCAGAUCUGACGCGUCGAAUGGUGGUGUGAAUGAAGUUGAGAUGUUUUUGUGUAGUACGAUGAUCGUUGUGUUUUAUUACUUGCCCUUGUAAGGUUUAUGUGAAAUAUUUCAAUAUCUAAUAAAGUAAUUUUAUCUUGAUAAUACUCAUA